AAAAUCUGCGUUGACUAUACUUCAGAAAAAGAUGCGAUUCGGUUUUGCUGUGCUUUUCACCUGUGUGUUUAUACAUGUAUCUUAUGCUGACCGAACAUUGAGAGUUAAGUGUGAUGCAAAGGAAAACAUCACUCUGACGGAGCGAAUUAAUGAACUUCAUGAAUCGUUUUACAUGCUGCCAUUCUUUAGAAACAGUAAUAACUUCAUUACUAACGGCUCUGACUUUCACCAAAAUGUACACGCUAAAACUGUCCAGCUCGCUAAAAGGAAGAGUGAUCUUUUGUGUAAAACUCAGAAAGGCAAGAAGAGAGGCAAUAAACUACGGAGAGCAUCAACGUGUCCAUGGCAUUACGUGUUGAAUGUUGACAAUCAGAGAAUCCCAACUAUAUUGUUUGAAGCUCGGUGCAAUUGCGCUCAUAGAUGCCUGGGAGGUAUGGCUAACUCUAGAUGUGAACCGAUUAACUACUACUAUCACGUGUAUAGGAAAGUGGAAGAAGAUAAAUAUGGGUUUUGUACUUAUCGUGAAACGUUAGAGGCCAUCAGUGUUGGAUGUACAUGUAUUCACCAUCCGAAAGAUAGACCCGUCACCUCACUCUAAUGGAACAGUAAUCGCAUGUGCAUUACUUUUAUAAAGUCGAUUAAAAAAUAAAUAAUAAAAUG